AUGCCCAAAGAGAAGCUAAAUAUUCUGCAUUUCAUAAGGCUAGGGAAAUUCUAUGGACAUACAUCUUGGAAUCUGUGUAAAGAAGUAUUCCUUUGUACUGCAGGAGGUAAUGUGAAUGUGAAAGAAACAGAAACACACCACAAUGUUCAGACCCAUGAAAAAUAUUGCAAUGGAGGGAACCCCUAUGUAUGUAAGAAAUGUGGGAAAGGUUUUAACACAUGGGGAAAUUGUGAGAAGCAUGAAAGAAUUCACACUGGAGAGAAACCUUAUGUAUGUAAGCAAUGUGGGAAAGCUUUUAUGACACAAGGACAUUGUAAGGAACAUAAGAGAAUUCACACUGGAGAGAAACCUUAUAUAUGUAAGCAAUGUGGGAAAGCUUUUACCACACAUAGAUAUUGUAAGGUUCAUGAAAGGAUUCACACUGGAGAGAAACCAUAUGUAUGUAAGCAAUGUGGGAAAGCUUUCAAAACACAGGGAGAUUGUAAGAAACAUGAAAGAAUUCACACUGGAGAGAAACCAUAUGUAUGUAAGGAAUGUGGGAAAGCUUUUAACACACGUGCACAUUGUAGGAUUCAUGAAAGAAUUCACACUGGAGAGAAACCCUAUGUAUGUAAGCAAUGUGGGAAAGGUUUUAACACACGGGGAAAUUGUGAGAAGCAUGAAAGAAUUCACACUGGAGAGAAACCAUAUGUAUGUAAGGAAUGUGGGAAAGCUUUUAACACACGUGCACAUUGUAGGAUUCAUGAAAGAAUUCACACUGGAGAGAAACCCUAUGUAUGUAAGCAAUGUGGGAAAGGUUUUAACACACGGGGAAAUUGUGAGAAGCAUGAAAGAAUUCACACUGGAGAGAAACCCUAUGUAUGUAAGCAAUGUGGGAAAGGUUUUAACACACGGGAAAAUUGUAAGAAGCAUGAAAGAAUUCACACUGGAGAGAAACCCUAUGUAUGUAAGCAAUGUGGGAAAGCUUUUAUGACACAAGGAAAUUGUAAGGAACAUGAGAGAAUUCACACUGGUGAGAAACCUUAUGUAUGUAAGCAAUGUGGGAAAGCUUUUACCAAACACGGACAUUGUAAGGAACAUGAAAGAAUUCACACUGGAGAGAAACCAUAUGUAUGUCGGCAAUGUGGAAAAGGUUUCACCAUAUCUAGACAUUGUAAGCGACAUGAAAGAAUUCACAGUGCAGAGAAACCAUAUGUAUGUAAGCAAUGUGGGAAAGCUUUUAAAAUACGGGGAAAUUGUAAGAAGCAUGAAAGAAUUCACACUGGAGAGAAACCUUAUGUAUGUAAGCAAUGUGGGAAAGCUUUUACCACACAUAGAUAUUGUAAGAAACAUGAAAGAAUUCACACUGGAGAGAAAACGUAUGUAUAAGCAAUGUGGGAAAGAUUUUACCACACAUAGAUAUUGUAAGAAACAUGAAAGAAUUCACACUGGAGAGAAAACAUAUGUAUAAGCAAUGUGGGAAAGAUUUUACCCUACAUUGACAUUGUAAGCAACAUGAAAGUUCACAUUCAAGAGAAAACCAUGUAUAUAAGUAUCAUGAGAAUGAUUUGAGCACACAUACAUAUUGCAUAAUGCAUGAAAAUCUUCACACUUGGCAGAAAACUUAUAUAUGUAAGUAAUGUGGGAAAGGUUUCAGCAGAAAUGCUCAUUGUCCAAUACAUGAAAAAAUUUACACUGUUGAGAAAGCCUGUGUAUGUGAAGAAUGUGGGAAAGCUUUCAUCACACAUGGAUACUGUAAAAUACAUCAAUGACUUCACCCUGGUGAGAAACCCAAUGUAUAUAACAACGUGGCAAAGCUUGUACUGCAUACAGUCAUUGCAAAACACAUGAAAGAAUUCACUCUGGGAAGAACCACUGGCUAUGUAAGCAAAUGGAGACACUCUCAGCAGCCAGAUUGUAAGUGAAAUACAUGAAAAAACUCACACAAGAGAUAAAUCUUAUGUGUUAUGGGAAUACAGUUCUAAUUACUUUUUUUGAAGAGAAUAAAACCUAACAUGACUAAAAAAUAAAAGAUUCGGUUAGAACAGAAGGAUGGGCAUAGUACAUGAUGCAAAAAUAGAAUAUCAGGUGAUCAAAAAUGGUUAAGAGUGUGCCUCUUGCUAUUUUUAAAAAGAGUUGCCCAUCUCAUCAGGUAUAAUAGAAUUGAUCAAAACAGUACAGAACAAGACCAAUAAAACCUACACUGGAGACCUUACAGUAUUUCAAAACAAGAUAAUAAUCAAACCAUAGUGGGCAUUAUAGUAAAUCUUAUUGCCUUCAAAGUGGUUGCCUAUACCUUCAAACUUGAUACUAUCAAACAAUAUAGAAUUCAGUAAAAUCAGACAGAAAAAGAUGAGGAGAGCAAUAGUGGGGUUCAAAUCAGGUUAAUAAGAAAACAAAAAUGUUACUAUAAUAUAUCCCGCUAUUUUUUAAUUUAGUUUUCCCUUAAUUGAAAAAAAAUUAAGAAAACAUAGAUUGAUUUUUGAAAAAGAGUGGAGAUUCAGAUAAAAGAGGACAUUGUAAUAGAACAACACUGGUCAGAACCGAACUAUUUAAGCAUCAUUGUGUUUCACCCCCCAAAUAAUCUAACAUAAUAUUAGUCACCAUAGUGCCUCAUUCCUUGAAUUAUUUGAAUAUAACUUUGUAUACUGUAGCAUCAAGCAUAUCAAGACAGUGUGAAGCCAUUCAAGAGAAUGAAAGAAUUACAGGGUAUUUAGAACCAGUUAACAGAAAAUGAAAAAUGGUUUCUAUAUUGUCUCUUUGCCUAUAAAAAUUUUGCUUAUAUUAUCACGUAUAGUAAACUAUAGUAAGAUACAACAUGUUAAAACCAGUGGAAACAGAUGUACAACUGCUUGAUGGGACUUCGAAACAAGACGAUAUUAAAUCACUAGCUUUUAGGAUGUGUUGUUUUCUUCAGAAUAGCUAUUCAUACUAUCACUGACACUAAAAUCGACAACCCAGGUUAAAACCAUUGCACUUAAUGAGUAUGUUUAUUUUUUUUAUCAGGAUUGCAUUGAAUCUGUAUAAAAUUUUUGGGAGAAUGGCCAUCUUCACAAUAUUUAUUCUUCCUAUCCAUGAGCAAGGGAUGUCUUUCCAUUUUCUGAGAUCAUCUUCAGUUUCAUCUUUCAAGGUGUUAUAGUUUUCCCUGUAUAGGUUUUUUACUUCUUUCAUGAGAGUAAUUCCUAAAUAUUUCAUUUUUUUGGUUGCUAGUGUGAAGGGUGUGAUCUCUCUUAUUUGCCUCUCUGUAACUUUGCUGUUAGUGUAUAGGAAUGUAUUGAUUUUUGAAUAUUGAUUCGGUAUCCAGCUACAUUACUGAAUUUCUGUGUUCUAUCUAGGGGUCUUUCAAUGGAGUUUUGGGGAUCUUCUAUGGAGAGUAUCAUGUCAUCUGCAAAUAGUGAUAAUUUAACUUCUUCUUUUCCUAUAUGCAUUUUAUUUCUCUCUCUCGUCUAAUUGCUCUGGCCAGUAUAUUCAGUACUAUAUUAAAUAGGAGUGGUGAUAAGGGACCUCCUUGUAUUGUCCCUGAUUUUAAAGUAAAUGUCUUCAAUUUUUGGCCAUUUAGUAUGAUAUUGACUGUCGAUUUGUCAUAGGCAGCCCUAAGCAUAUUGAGGUAACGACCAUCUAUUCCAAUUUUCUGUAAGGUUCUUAUCAUAAAUGAAUGUUGAACCUUAUCAAAGGCUUUUUCUGCAUCUGUAGAAAUGAUCAUGUGAUUCUUACUUUUGGCUCUAUUGCUAUAGUUUAUUACAUUUAUUGAUUUACAUAUAUUAAACCAUCUCUGCAUGCCUGGGAUGAUUCCCACUUGGUCGUGGUGUAUGAUCUUUUUGAUUUGCUGCAUCCUGUUUGCCAAUAUUUCACUGAGGAUUUUUGCAUCUGUGUUCAUUAAGGAGAUUGGUCUGUAGUUCUCUUUUUCAGUUGGGUCCUUCUCUGGUUUUGGUACUAGAGUAAUAUUUGCUUCUAGGAACAAUUUAGGAAGAAUUGCUUCCCUUUCAAUUUCAUUGAAGAUUUUGAGGAGUGUUGGCAUUAGGUCGUCUUUGUAUUUCUUGUAGAAUUCUGCAGUGAAUACAUCUGGGCCUGGGCUCUUCUUUGUAGGUAAAGAUUUAAUUUCAUCUUCAAUUUCAUUAAUAGAAAUUGGUUUAUUCAGUGGUUUUACAUCUUCAUUACCUAGCUUUGGUACUUCGUAUGCUUCUAGGAAUCUGUCUAUUUUCUCUGUGUUAUCAAACCUUUGAGAGUAGAGGUUUUCGAAAUAGGUGUUGAUGAUCUUCUGUAUUUCUUUAGGGUCUGUAGUAAUUUCACCUCUUUCAUUCUUUAUUGCAUGACUUUGAGCUUUUUCUUCCCUUUUUUAAAUAAGGUUAGCUAGGGGUUUAUCGAUUUUAUUUAUUCUUUCAAAGAACCAGCUCUUUGAUUUGUUGAUUUUUUGAAUCGUUUUUUAGUCUCUAUUGUAUUGAUUUAUGCCCUGAUUUUUAUCAUUUCUUCUCUUCUUUUGGCACUGUGCUUGACUUGCUCUUCUUUUUCUAGAUGUUUGAGGUGUGACAUCAGGUUAUUUAUUUAUAUUCAUUCUGUUUUCCUAAUGUGGGAACUCAGUACAAUAAAUUUUCCUCUGAGAACAGCUUUCAUUGCAUCCCACAGAUUUCAGUAAGUUGCAUUUGUGUUUCCAUUUGUUUGUAGGUAUUGUUUAAUUUCUUCUUUAAUUUCCUCUGUGAUGCACUGAUUAUGCAAGAGUGUGUUAUUCAGUUUCCAUGUGUUUGUGGGAUUUUUGCAGUAUCUUUCACUAUUAAUUUCUAAUUUCAUAGCGCUAUGGUCCAAUAGCAUGCAAGGAAUAAUUUUGACACUUUUGCAUUUUAAAUAUGUUCUAUGAGUUAAUAUAUGGUCUAUUUUAAAGAAUGAUCCAUGUACUGCUGAGAAGAAUGUGUAUUCUGUUAUUGUUGGGUGGAAUACUCAGUAUAUGUCUAUUAAGUCCAUUUGUUCAAAGGUGCGAUUCAGUUCUUUUAUUUGUUUGUUGAUUUUCUGUCUGGUUGAUCUGUCCAUUGAUAUCAAUGGUGUGUUAAGGUCUCCUGUUAAAAUUGUGUUAAUGCUAAUUUGAUUUUUCAUUUUUGUUAGUACUUGUUUUAUAUAACUGGGUGCUCUGGAGUUUGGUGCAUAUAAAUAUAAGAUAGUUUUCUCUUCCUCUUGGAGUUUUCCCCUAACCCAUAUGUAGUGACCUUCUUUAUCGCUUCUGAUCAUUAUUGGCUUGAAGUUCACAUUGUCUGCAAACAGAAUAGCUACCCCCCCUUUUUUUUGGUUCCUGUUGCAUGAAGUAUUGUUUUCCAUCCUUUGACUUUCAGUCUGUGAAUAUCGUUUUGUGUUUAGAUGGGUUUCUUGUAGACAGCAUAUGUUUGGAUUUUGUUUCUUAAUCCAUUCUGCCAGUUGGUUUCUUCCAAUUGGUCCAUUGAGACCAUUUACAUUAAUGGUUAGAACUGUUAUAUAUUGGUUUAUUGUUGACAUGUUAUCUUUCUGCUGUUGCAUCUUUAUUUUCUGCUCUUUUUAACUAUCUGUUUUGUUUAGUGUUUUUUUCCUAAAUGUAACUAAGCUGUCUUUCAGGAUUCUUUGCAGAGUUGGCUUGGUGAUCAUGAAGUUUUUCAGCUUUUCUUUGUCAUAUAAGUAUCUUAUUUCUCCAUCGAUUUUGAAGGCUUUAUUCUCUCCCCCCCCAAAGAAAGUAAUAAGCACUAAGGAGUAAUAAAAUCCAAGAUGUGUAAAUUUUGUUGUAAAAAAGAGAGGGGAAAAAAAAAAAGAAAAAGAGCUCUAACGGAAAUAACAGCAAGUGUGUUUGGGGGUGUUAAAUAGCUGACUUUAUCAAUGUUUUUGGAACAUUGAACACAGCUGUUUGCAGUCUCCCUGUUUGAAUGUCCACCUUGUGUUCUUUGAUACUGUGAUUUGAGGAACUAUUUUCAAGAAAAUAGUGUGUAAUCUACUAGCAGGUAAUUUCUUACUGUUAUGGUUUUUUGUUUUGUUUUGUUUUGUUUUGUUUUGUUUUGUAGUUCUGUAUUGCGUGUACCCUUACGCCGCUUUGGUUUGUUUUGUGUUUUUCUCUUUUUCCUCUUAAAAAACAAUUGUGUUACUGCUAAUUUGGUUUUUCAUUUCUGUUAGUACUUGUUUUAUAUAACUGGGUGCUCUGGAGUUUGGUGCAUAUAUAUUUAAGAUAACAGUCUCUUCCUCUUGGAGUUUUCCCCUAACCAGUGUGUAGUGACCUUCUGUAUCCCUUCUGAUCAUUACUGGCUUGAAGUUUAUAUUGUCUGCUAAUGGAAUAGCUACCCCUGCUUUUUGUGGGGUUCCUGUUGCAUGAAGUAUUGUUUUCUAUCCUCUGACUUUUAGUCUUUUUAUAAUAUAUAAUAUAAUAUCCUUUUGCAUUAGAUGGGGUUCUUGGAGACAGCAUAUCAAUGCAUUUUGUUUCUUGAUCUAUUCUGCCAGUCUGUUUCUUUUAAUUGGUGCAUUGAAACCAUUUACAUUAAUGGUUAGAACUGUUGUAUAUUGGUUUAUUGUUGACAUGUUAUCUUUCUGCUGUUGCAACUUUAUCUUUCUGCUCUGUUUAAUUGUCUGCUUUGUUAAUGGCUUUUUCCUAAAUGUAUCUAGGCUGUCUUUCAGUAUUCUUUGCAGGGUUGGCUUGAUGAUCAUGAAGUUUUUCAGCUGUUCUUUGUCAUGGAAGUAUCUUAUUUCUGCAUCAAUUUUGAAGGACAGUUCUGCAGGGUACAUCAGCCUAGUUUGGAAAUAAUUUUCCUUUACAAUCUGAAAUACUUGACUCCAUGCUCUUCUUGACUUUAUUGUUUGUGCUGAGAAGUCUACUGUGAUUCUGAUAGGUUUUCCAUUAUAGGUGAUCUGUCUCUUCUCUCUGACAGCUUUAAUAUUCUAUUCUUUUGUUCAGUUUCUGUGAUGGUCAUUGUUAUAUGUCUGGGUGUAGAUUUAUUUUGGUUAUGGCUAUUUGGAGUUCUAUAUGCUUCAUUGAUCUUGAUAUCAGUUUCCAAUCUCGUGUUUGGGAAAUUUUCAGCUAUUACUUCUCUAAAUAUCCUCUUGACAUCCUUUAUGUUGUCCUUCUUUUUCAUUUAUCCCUAUCAACCUUAUGUUGUUCUGCUUUGCGUCAUCUUGCAGGUGUUGAAUAGUUAUUUCCUGAUUUCUUGUGUUAUUUUUAAAAGAUCUUUC